GCGGACCUCUUUACCCGCCGCUUGAGUGUUUUCCCCACUGCAAUCCUCAAUGUCACGGCCACAGGCUUGAGGGCUGCGAUCACGACUCUGUGGUGCUGCCAGCCUAGGGAGAAGGAGAAGCAGCAGGAGGGAGAGCGGAAGGAGGAGGAGGAGUAGGAGAGGAAGGAGCAGCAGGAGAACGAGCGGGAGCGGGGCUAUGGCGGGAUGUUUGUCACGUUCUUUGGCGGAGGAGAAGCGGGAGGGGGAGGAGGAGGAGAAACGGGAGGAGUGGGAGGAGGCGUGGGAGAAGGAGCGGGGAAGGAGGACGAGCAGCAGGAGCGGCAGGAGAAGCAAGAGAGGGAGCGGGAGAAGGAGAGGAAGGAGGAGAGGGAGGAGGAGCGGGAGGAGCGGGAGCGGGGCUAUGGCGGGAUCUUUGUCACGUUUGCGGGAGGAGGAGCGGGAGGAGGAGGGGGAGAAGGAGGGGGAGAAGGAGGGGGAGGGGAUUCGGGAUGGGGUUGCAUCUCACAGCCCCUUGCUCCAUGCUCUCCUUCUCAUUUUGCACAUUCGAAGGCUGCUCAGUUCAUGCACACAUGAAACUGUUGAAGCGCCCCUGCCU